AUGGAUACGGCGUCGAUACAGAAUGAUACUCACAGGAAACUGUCCCAAUACGGUCAAGAUACGGCUACUGAAACAGCGGCACCAACCAUUUCAAAGAUCCAGAAGGAAGAAGAAAGAAGAAAGAAAUUUCACAAGGACCUCUUCUUCUCCACUGAAAGUUCUGCUGCUGCAUCUGCUCCACCAGGUCUUAACGCACGUUAA